AUGGAGAACCGUCGCACCUCGAAUCGCACCUCGAAUCGCAACACCGUACCUGGCCUCCGACAAAUCGACCUGGCCACCGUCCGCGCCCAAUACGUUCGCGAGCAUAAGACCGGAGCUGUCGGUGGAGAUCACAUGGCUGAGACGCAGUUCCAAGUACGGCACAUGAAGAUAUCGAAGCCCCGACCGCUCCCGACAUCAAAGAGCCCAAGAUCCCCUCGCCAGCGCACUCAUAGCAAGCUUCAUAAACCGCGGCCACCCCAGCUCAUGCCCUCUUCGCCUCAACGAGACCCAGACGAGCCUCCGCCUACGCUCCCGCCCCUUUUCUUGGGCGACGGGCAUGAUCCCGAGCCCGCAUUCCCAACAUCACCGCAUUCCGCCCAACAUCCUGACCUCGAUCAAGAUGAAGAUGACGAACCUCUGACAAGUUUCCGCGAUCGCAGAGCGGGAGUAAUCCUGCAAAUGGGAUCGCCCAGCGCUUUCCGUGAAACGACGCCGGGGGAUCUCGCACGCGCACUGUUCGAAGCUCGGAUCGCUCGCAGGAAGAGCUAUCUUGGGCAUCCGGACUACUACAUCCCGCGAUCUGUCAAGACCCGUGCCUCGGUCGUCUCGCAAGCGCCCUCCACUGCACGCAUGAAAGCACUGGAGACGUCCACAGAUUCUAUUCCCCCACUACCGGAACUCUUCGCGCGCGCUUCUACCAGCACCAUUCCUUCAGUCGACGAAGCUGUAGACGGGGAUGACACACCACAGCUUCCUCCUCCCGCAACCCAUCCAUUUGCGCCUCUCAAACGCGCCUUGUCUGACGUCGUGAAGACCAAAAGCCCGCGUUCUCGGAUUUCAUCUCUCUUGAACCCAAUCUCUCGAGCCCCUCGCCGUGUACUCGUGGAGGAAGUCGAUGAUGAAGGGACACCACCGGCGCCUCCUACCUCGCUACCGACGAACACGUCACUCGAGCCCACGCGAGAGGCCUCGCCCUGUCCAUCUGAUGACGUGGUUGCAGGAGUCGCCUCUUUGAGGUUAUCAGAUGCCUCAGCAAGCACGCCCAGCCUCGACCAGUUUGUUGAUGCCGAAAGCUAUCACGAGAAGGAGGAGGGAGAGCAGGACAAGCAAGCGGACGACCCGCCCCCUCCACCGCCGACUCGUGUGUUUGUCGCGCCGAUGCCCUUGGCCGCGUGGCAUGCGUCUCGCAGCACAAUCUCCAGGAUGAGCACCGUCCUUGAAGAGCCAUCUCCGGUACCCGCGAGUAUCCAUUUGCCAAGCUCACACUCAGCCUCUACCACCUCCUCGGAGCAUUCUCUCUCCACCCACGAACAACCUUCAGGCGAUGGACCGGACACUUCGGGAACGUCUUUAUCCGCACAUGCGCAGACACCACUCAAAGCCGCUGAGAAUCUUCCCUUCGUACCCAGACGGCUUUCACGCGCUUCAUCGCUGGUGAUAGUUCAGGGUGAGAAGCCAUUACCGACUCCACCUGGCGUCAGCCCAAUCAACUCUGCAGACCGUAUGUACUGGGUAUCCGCCGGUGGUAUGACGGCCGCUCGGUCAUUGCGGCCUCAAACCCAAGGCGGACGCAAGCUCGUGCGUAAACGUGCACAACACGCACUGCACCUGGAGACAGACGCCGACGAAGACCUGCGAACCUUCCGGUUGCAGCUCGCAGCGCGACCAGAAGACGAACCUGCAGGCUGGUACCGUAGGGAUGGGGACAAGCCUCCGCUCAGUGUCACCUCGUUUGGCUCUCUUCUCGGCGUCCGCUUCCGGAAUGAUUGCCGUAUCGAUUUCGGGAAUGAUGGUCGGCCUGGGGAGAGCCGUGUCUCGCCUACGAUUUACGAAUACAUCUCAUGA